AUGGUUAAAUGUAUAAUCGUUGGUUGUACAUCUGGGUACAAAAGUAACAUUGAAAAAGUGCACCAAUUUGGUGCUCCUAAAGAUUCUAAGUUACGAAGUGAAUGGCAAAGGUGUAUUCCUAGAAAAGAUUUUAUACUUAAAGAUAAUUCAUAUGUAUGUGAAAAACAUUUCAAGGAAGAAGAUAUCAUAAAGUAUUGGGAAUCUGGUUCAGUAAAGGUACCAUAUACUAAGUGGAAGCUUAAAGAGGGAACCAUACCUUCAAUUUUCCCGGGUCCUUCAUAUUUAUCUAAUCUAAAAAAACAUCGGAAGUUGCCUGCUGUUCGUCAUGCAAUUACACCAAUAAAGACCAAGAUCAUAGUGGUUCAAAAGAUAUUUUGGAUGAAUAUUUGA